GCUGUGACACAUUCCUCCGGUGCAAAAAACUGCAAGUGGUGCAGCUGGAUACGGAGAUGCUCCGGGUGAACUUGGCGCCAAAGUUUGCGCGAUGUCUGAGUUCCACAGCCAGCGAGGCUGUGAGAACGGUACCCUAUUUGGAGUAUGCCCGCAGCGCACGGCAAGAUGUGGCAGAGGUCAUGCGACAGCUUGAGGGCUCCCAUUCUGAACGAUUGCAUGGGCUGUCCUCCAUGGCGCUGGACAUUUGGCCCAAGGAGUCGCCGCAGUGGCGUUUAGCAGGCGAAGUGGUGCCACAGGAGAUCGAAGCCAAAGCCCUGCAGCAGGAGCUCAGUGACGAGGGAACCUCCGGUGAAGCUAGAGCUGCCAUGCUUCGAGUGCUGUGUGGAAUUCGUUCGCGCCCCUCCUUGCGUUUGGCAGAGUCGGUGGCGAAGGAUGCCUUGGUGUGGAAGAUCAAUCUGCAGGAGCUCUGCAGAUGCAUCGCAGCCUUGGCCGACAGUGGAUGGCAUCCCAUGCCGAAGGACUCAAGCCUGAUGAUCUUUGCCAAAGAGGGCCUACAGCGCUUGGCAGCUGGAGCCAAGCUGCUGGAAGGGAAGCUCAGGGUGAGUCGUGGAUGGUUGGAGGGACCCCAGAUCGAGGCACUGGAGCAGCUGCUCACUUCGCACCGAGCUGCGUUGGCCUUGAACCUUCAGAGUUCGGCUUCGGGUCUCACCUCUGAACUCCGGAAGCGGGUGCUGCGGGCAACUUGGCUGCAAGGGCUACCAGGAUUCCGUGUCGCGGAUCUCUUUAUCCCAAAAAAUCCUGGUGUCCAGUGGGCUACGUAUCUCCUUGAAACUGCACGUUGCCUUGGUAACAUGGGCCCCGUUCCAACAUCGGCCACCGCAUUCUUUGAGGUGGUCCGAAACGAGAAGUCCCUGGGUUGCAAAGAUGGAUCGCAGGGGGGCAUCGGUCAGAUUUAA